AUGGGGCGCCUUAGCUAUCCUCCUCAAGUGGACAGCCCGUCCCGGCAACUUCUGCUCGACCUGACACGCGAUCUUGAGCAGCUCAAGAUCCAUAAUUCCGAGCUGAAGAAGGUUAAGGCUUACGAGCGCCGCUCCUUCUACGAGAACCUGGAUCGCUUAGACAGCGAACGCGAAGCCCAACACAAUGCGGCACUCGAUAAAGUAGCCCAGUUGCACGAACAAGUUCUAGAGGAAGCCGAAGAGACACUACGUGCCCACCAACGAGCAGUUGAGGAAGAGCUUCGUCGGAAGGAGGAAGAAGCGCGAAGAGAGGCGGAACGCAUCGAGAAGGAGAGAUUGGAAAAACAGCGACGGGAGCAAGAGGAAGCCGCCCGGCGAGAAGCCGAGCCCGCCGCGAAGGCAGAGCAAGAGGCCGCGCAGCGCCAGGCUGCAGAGUCGCAAAAAGCCCAAGCAGAACGACAACGGCGGGUCGGUGGAGGCCGCUUGACGGAAGAUGAGGUUAAGGUUCAAGCCCGCUACGUCGAACUCCACCAGCACCUCAAGAAGUUCCGACAGUACCUGAAGGAUGAAGGCAAGAGGAAUGCAGCUGUGAAGCAGAAUACGGGCGAUAUUCGGCGAUCCAUCGUGAAAUCUGUUGGCCAGCUUCGUCGUGAAAAUAAAGGAGGAAACAAAAAACAGAUUCAGGAAAUCCGGGCCACGCUUGAGAAAGCCUCCUCUAUCGCCGAACCAUCGGUGGACAUUCGCCAGUUCAUGGCUUUCCCGCCGCCUGAGAUCGCCAACUCGGAGGAUAGCAAGGUUCCUGCCAUGCUGAUUUACGGACUCAACAUCUUUUCCAAAGCCCUGAUUGCUGGUCUCGUCACAGAAGCCGGAAUCAAAACCGAACAUGCCGAGCCAAUCGGGAUUGCGGCAGCACAGAUAUUCUCGCAUGAACCUUUCAUCUACAAGGGCCAUCCGAUGGUGGACAUUCUCCUAGCGAAAUAUCGGGUUUUCUGCCCGGCGCUGUGGGGAUUCUGCGGUGAUGAGAAAACUGAAGGCGGGCGGCGUGCCGUGGGAUGGAGACGGGAUGGGCCGGACGGGCCUUGGAUCAGCGAACAAGCCCAUGCCGAACGCAUGACCGCCCUCGGUGCCGGUUAUGCCGCCAUCACUCUGCGCAAUUUCGGAAAAACCUCGCGCAAGAAUCCCUUCCCCAACACCAUGUUCUGGCAGUCAAUGCACAAGAUCUUGUCCAUUCCCGUUGACGAGAUUCAGGAUACUCACAUCACCCUUCUGUUCGCAAUGCUCCGGAACUCGGCCGAACGCAUCGUGGGUUUCUUCGGACAUGUCGGGCUGGGCUUGAUGAGACUGGCGAUUGUCGAGUUUCCCAGCAAAAUGCCCCAUCAGAAUAUGACUGUUAACCAGUUGAAAACUCUUCAGGGACUCUACAAGCAACAGAACAUCAUCAUAUGA